UCUUUCCCCAAUCCGCCCCCCGAUGGCGGCGCCGGCGACAUCUGUGGUGUUCCUCGAGGCGGAGGCGAGGAAACUUGCGUCGCACCCUCUGCGGGUGCGGGAGGUGCCCGGCGGGGUGAAAGAUGACGACCACGAGGAGGAGAUGCGCCGCCGCCGGCGCUGCCUGCUUGAGCGAUUCAUGACGUCCUUCGGCCCGGGGUGCCAGUGCGUGUACGAGACGAAGAAGGCAAUCUCCCAGUCCCACCCCUGCGUCCUCUACACCAUGAAGGUGUCCGUCAAGAAAGCGCGGGUCUCUUGGUCUCACCGGAGCAGCCGCCGCUUCGUCCCGGAGCGGCGAGGGCCCGCCUUCCCCAUCCCGCUCUGCCGCGCGGUGGAGCACGACCAGGUAGAGCAGGUGGUACACAAAUCGGGCGAGGUCAGCGAGCCGGACCGGCCGGGGAUUCUUUCGGGCAUCCACGAAGCAGGGUACUACUUGCUUGAGCUCGACCGCGAGAGGGACGUGAUUCACAAGGAGGGGUCGUCAGCGCCGUGGAAGGAGGUGGCCGUAAUCCGGGGGCUGCCCGGGGGAUGCGGCAUCACCGUGACGUCCCACGUCGAGCACCUCGUCGUGCGGCUCCAUGACAUGCUCUUCCGCUUGCCUGGGCCUGACGGGACCGUGGACCUCCGCUUCUCCGAGAACUGGUUCUGCCUCCCCGCCGGGUGGACGGAGGAGAGGCUGUACGCGGAGGACGGGUUACACUUCGUCGACAUUGCCGCCCCGGUGGAGACCCUGGUGAAGAAGCUAUAUGCGAUGCGUCAGCAGGAGGAGAAAGAGAUGGAGAGGCGGAGAUGGGAGACGGAGGAGCAGAGGGAGAGGAGGCUGCAGGAGGAGGAGGCGAUGCGCAAGCUAGAGGAGGAGGAGAGGAGGAAGAUACACGAGCGAAAGGAGGAGAGGAGAAGAGAGGAGGCGGUGGCAAAGCGACCUGUGCGCACUCCUCUGGGAUGGGAUGCUGCCUUGUGGGAGAUCAGUGAGGUGCAGCCUGCAGCGGUGCAUUGUUACUCCAAGUUCAAGCUAUCAAUGAACAGCAACAAGCAAGUUUCUUGCAAGUGCGUCGGUCAAGAAGGCCUUCAAGACAUGCUCCGGAGGGUGGACGAUGGCGAGUUUAUUCUUCCCAUUUUUAAGGCAGCACCGGCAUCGGCAUCAUCAAAGGCCCUUGAAACUUUGGGAUUUGUGGAAGGCUACUGUGAUUUAAGAUCCUGGGGAUUUGGGCCGACGAGAGGUCGUUUCAUGGAUAAAUCGGGGCGCACACGGAGCUCCGUGCUGAUGGUGUCACAGAGUGAGGCGAAAGUCUUGACAAUCAAGGUCCUUGUUGAUAAGCUUGAUAUACUGCUGGAUGAUGGGAAGGUUAUGACUGGUCUCUUUGGCGUCUCAGUGGACGUCCAUUGUGAUGAUAUAUCAUCCUCUGAGCUUUUGACAACAAACUGGGCAUACCACAUCUUGUGUAAGAAUACUGAUGGUGAAGGCAUUACCUUUUUCUCGACACUGCUUGUGCAACUGAAAAAGAAUCUACAGCUACAGCUAACGAAAGAAGAGUCGAGGAUCUAUAGCAUAUCUGCAGUAGAUGCUGAGGGAGGAAGCGAGGAUCUUGCGGAGCAGUGGCAAAAGCAGCAAGAACGGGUUCCUGCCAAGCCGAAGCAAGAGUUAGUAGAAGUUGAAUUACAAGAUUGCAGCCUGCUGUUUCCAACUCUUCAGGAGUCUGAGGUCUGACCGCUAGCUGCAGUUCGCGGUGGCAACAUGAAGGUCCUCACAGCAGAGUCCAGUGGCGUGACCAAGGUGGCUUAUGGUGGUUGUGUGUGAACAAAUUCCACUCUCUUAAUGAGGUGGACCUCCUGUUUAAUUUACCCAGAUAUUAAACUUUGGUUGAUCUAUGAUUUUAUAUUAGGCUUGUUUUCUGUUUAUAAAGGUUGUGCUGGAUUAUUAUGUCCUUGUUUAGCGCUGAAUAAUUCAGUUUGGUUUGAUGUGAUUAAAUCUCUGUGAAAGGGAUCAAUGCAUUGAUCUUCACUUUGAUAUAUA